AUGAGCAGCGGCUACAGCAGCCUGGAGGAGGAGGAGUCCGAGGAGUUCUUCACCGCCCGCACCUCCUUCUUCGGGAGGCCCCCGGCCAAAGCCAGGCCCGAGCUGCAAGAUGUUCAGAAAGAGAGAGAAACCCACACGUAUCUCAGUAAAGAAGAAGUUAAAGAGAAGAUUCAAAACUAUAAUUCAUCUGUUACUGACAAAUUAAAGAUGACCUUGAACUCAAAUGGGACUUACACUGGCUUCAUCAAAGUUCAGAUGGAACUAUGCAGACCUAUUACUGUACAGACUUCUGUGAAUCCAGGAGAGCAUGCUCACAAUAACAAUGAGACUUCAUUUUACUUGCCUCCAGGCUACGUGAAUAAGCUUCAUAUAAGCAGCAUUAACACUGUUCGUGAAGUUAUUGAGGCCUUGCUCAAAAAAUUUUUAGUGUUUGACAAUCCUGCCAAGUUUGCACUUUAUAAACGCUGUCACAAGGAAGAUCAAGUUUAUACAUGCAGGCUCUCAGACAGAGAACAUCCCCUCUAUCUGCGUUUGGUAGCAGGCCCCAGCACAGAAACAUUCAGUUUUGUUCUGCGUGAGCAUGAAACUGGAGAGGUUAUGUGGGAAGCCUUUAGCCUUCCUGAACUGCAGAACUUCUUGCGUAUACUGGACAAAGAGGAAGAUGAGCAACUACAGAUCUUAAAGAGGCGUUAUGCAGCCUACAAAGACAAACUUGAAGAAGCCCUUGGUGGGGUGUGGAAACCAGGUUAA